AUGAAAUCAUCAGCAGCUCAGCACAAAGAAAUCCUUGGAAUUCGAGCAUUCUUCACCUCAGUAUCAAAAUACUUGGUCACUCGACUUCCUUUCCAGAACAAACUUAUAAAGUCAUUAGGUUGCCUGUCUCCAGUCAGAAGAUUUGAGAAAGACUCUGUAAUUGAUGCUGAAAUUUUGUCCAGGGAGAAGCAUUUUGAUGAAAAUAUGACUGUUAAUAUUGUGGAUGAAUGGAAGGUAUGUCAAACAGAAGAUGAUUUGAAAGAAGAAGAUAGAAUUGACCAUUAUUGGAGACAAGUGUUUGUGAAGAAGCUUGAUAGUUGGCAGCUCAAGUACAGAUUUUUACCCCAACUUGUCAAGAAAGCUCUGGUAUUACCACAUGGAAAUUCAGAGGUUGAGAGAAGUUUGUCAGUGAACACUAGUGUAGUGACUAAGGACAGAGUUGCCUUGGGUGAGAAAACUGUUACUGCCAUCAGAACUGUGAAGGACAUAGUUAAGUUCAGUGAUCAUGUAGAUGAGCAACCUCACAAAAUACCAUUAAACAGUGAAAUACUUCUGGCAGCAAAAAUGGCCCAUAACAAGUAUAAACAGAGGAUAGAGACAGAAAAAGAAGAAAGAGAGAAAAAGAAACAGGAGAGAGAGAAAGAAAGGCUUGAAAAGAAAAGACUGGAAGAACUUGCAACAGAAGAGAAGAAUAAGACCUCCUCCAUGCUUGAACAAGAAAAAGCACUACUUAAAAAAGAAAUGGAAAUUCAGACAAGGUUGACUGUAGCAGAGGAACUGUUAAAAGAUGGGAACAAAAAGCUUUCUAAAGCUGUUAAAAGUAGUGACAUGAAAGGUGCUUCUGUAGCACAAAUGAUGAUAGCAACAGCCACAUCAAAGAUAGAGGGUAUAAGAAAGGAAAUGGACAGGGUACGUGAAAACCAAAGGGAAGUUGAGCAGCAAAAGAGACAGUUAUUGGUUAACAGACUAGAUAAGUGCAGUUCUAAAUCAUCAAGCAAAGGAAAGAAACAAGAAUCAGCCAUAUCAAGUUCCAAAAGCUCUGCCACUGCUUCAACAAGAACUUCAAAAUCUGAACCAGACAAGCAAGCUGCCUCUUCUUCCAAGUCAAGUCCUUCAUCAGAAAAGCAUUCAUCCAAGAGAAAGAAUAAAGAUAAAGAAACAGAUGCCAAGAAAUCCAAGAAGGUCUAA